AUGGAGUGUGCAGGAUCAAAGCCGCUCCCUCUUCGCUACAUUACUUUGCUAAUUGCUAAUAAGAGCCUCCUCCUUCUGUGUGUGGAGGCAGAUGCCCAUGCACCUGCCUGCACCGGCAUCAGCUCCUUCCACAGCUCCUUCCACAGCUCCUUCUACAGCUCCUUCCACAGCUCCUUCCACAGCUCCUUCCACAGCUCCUUCCACAGCUCCUUCCACAGCUCCUUCCACACGCUGCACACUCAACGGAAUAGCGCAGUCGUUCGGGCAGUCACUUCGGCAGUCACUCCGGCAGUCACUCCGGCAGUCACUCCGGCAGUCACUCCGGCAGUCACUCUUGCAGUCACUCCUGCAGUCACUCCGGCAGUCACUCCGGCAGUCACUCCAGCAGUCACUCCUGCAGUCACUCCAGCAGUCACUCCGGCAGUCACUCUUGCAGUCACUCCUGCAGUCACUCCGGCAGUCACUCCGGCAGUCACUCCAGCAGUCACUCCUGCAGUCACUCCUGCAGUCACUCCUGCAGUCAUUCCGGCUGUCACUCCUGCAGUCACUCCAGCAGUCACUCCUGCAGUCACUCCGGCAGUCACUCCGGCAGUCACUCCAGCAGUCACUCCUGCAGUCACCCCUGCAGUCACUCCUGCAGUCACUCCGGCAGUCACUCCUGCAGUCACUCCAGCAGUCACUCCUGCAGUCACUCCUGCAGUCACUCCAACAGUCACUCCUACAGUCACUCCUGCAGUCACUCCUGCCGUCACUCUGGCAGUCACUCCGGCAGUCACUCCGGCAGUCACUCCGGCAGUCACUCCUGCAGUCACUCCUGCAGUCACUCCUGCAGUCACUCCGGCAGUCACUCCUGCAGUCACUCCUGAAGUCACUCCUGCAGUCAGUCCUGCAGUCACUCCUGCAGUCACUCCUGCAGUCACUCCGGCAGUCACUCCUGCAGUCACUCCUGCAGUCACUCCUGCAGUCACUCCAACAGUCAGUCCUGCAGUCACUCCAACAGUCAGUCCUGCAGUCACUCCUGCAGUCACUCCUGCAGUCACUCCGGCAGUCACUCCUGCAGUCACUCCUGCAGUCACUCCUGCAGUCACUCCGGCAGUCACUCCUGCAGUCACUCCGGCAGUCACUCCUGCAGUCACUCCUGUAGUCACUCCGGCAGUCACUCCUGCAGUCACUCCGGCAGUCACUCUGGCAGUCACUCCUGCAGUCACUCCUGCAGUCACUCCUGCAGUCACUCCGGCAGUCACUCCUGCAUUCACUCCUGCAGUCACUCCUGCAGUCACUCCUGCAGUCACUCCUGCAGUCACUCCUGCAGUCACUCCUGCAGUCACUCCGGCAGUCACUCCUGCAGUCACUCCUGCAGUCACUCCUGCAGUCACUCCGGCAGUCACUCCUGCAGUCACUCCUGCAGUCACUCCUGCAGUCACUCCAACAGUCACUCCUACAGUCACUCCUGCAGUCACUCCGGCAGUCACUCCUGCAGUCACUCCGGCAGUCACUCCUGCAGUCACUCCGGCAGUCACUCCUGCAGUCACUCCUGCAGUCACUCCUGCAGUCACUCCAACAGUCACUCCAACAGUCACUCCUACAGUCACUCCGGCAGUCACUCCGGCAGUCACUCCUGCAGUCACUCCGGCAGUCACUCCUGCAGUCACUCCGGCAGUCACUCCUGCAGUCACUCCUGCAGUCACUCCUGCAGUCACUCCGGCAGUCAAAAACACACUUACACACUGA